AUGCCCAGCCCGAUCGCCGCCUGCUUCCGCUGCGCCGCGGCGCCGUCCUCGGGCGCGGGCGCGGCGGGGCCCAGCCUGGCGACCUCCGUCUACGAGACCCACCUCGGCCUCGUCGCGCUCUCCUGGUCCCGCACCUCGCUCGGCCUCUCCCUCCGCGCCGUGCUCCGCCUGUCGCCCCCGCCCACGCCCGGCAACUCCUCCUCGGCGUCCGGAGCGGGCUACCUCGACGACGACGCGGACGAGGAGGAGACCCUCGCCUUCCGCGUCCGCCCGUGGCUCCUCUGGCGCCGGCGCGGGUCCAGGCGGUUCCGCGCCGGCGACCGCCUCGUCGACCUGGCGUGGGACCUCUCGCGCGCGCGCUUCCCGGGCUCCGGGUCCCCCGAGCCCUCCUCGGGCUUCUUCGUCGCCAUCGUCGUCGACGGCGAGAUGGUCCUCGCGGCCGGGGACCUGCCCGAUGCGGCCUACCGGAGGACCCGGGCCCGGCGCCCAUCCGGCCCGCGCCCGGUCCUCCUCUCCCGGCGGGAGCACGUCUCGCUGCGCGACGCGGGCGCCGGCCGAGGCCGCAGCCACACCACCUGGGUGACCGUCCAGGGCAAGGAGCGGGAGAUCUCCAUGGAUCUCGUGGCCCGCGGCCGUGGCAGGGACAGGGCCGCCGCCGCCGGCAGGGAGAAGGAGAAGGACCGGGCUGAUGUCGGCAUGUCGGUCUCCGUCGACGGCGAGCGAGUGCUCCACGUCCGGCGCCUGCGCUGGAAGUUCCGCGGCAGCGAGCGGGUCGACCUCGGGGGCGGCGACGGCGUCCAGGUCUCCUGGGACCUCCACAACUGGCUCUUCCCCCCGCGCGAGCCGCCCCCCGCGGACGCCUCGACGCACGCCCACGCCCACGCCCACGCCCACGCCCACGCCCACGCUGUGCUCGUCUUCCGGUUCGAUCUCGCCAGCGGCGGCGGCGAGGAGCGCGAGGCGGAUUUGGGGAAGGAUCCCUCCCCCGACAAGGCCGCGACUGCGAGGAGGAGCACGGGCGUCUGGGGAGGAGGCUACCUCGCGCGGUGGGGGCAACGGGACUGGAGCGAGACGGGCAUCAACGGCGAGAGGAGGAAGGGCAGGGGGCGGAGGCUGGCCAAGGAGAGCUCGUCGUCGUCGGCGUCCGUGGCAUCCUCGACGGCGUCGUGGGCCAGUGGCUCCACGGUGAUGGACUGGGCCAGCCCCGAGGAGGCCGAGAUGCAGCGCGGCAACGGCUUCUCGCUGCUGAUCUACGCCUGGAAGAUCUAA